AGCCACCGCGCCCCGCCCCGCUCCCUUUCCUUCCUGCUCCGCGCGGCGCCUCUUGGGAGUUGAAGUCCGAGGAGGAGGAGUUUCCGUUGGUGCCGUUGAAAGCGAUGAGGAGGAUUGACAGCAGACACAGCCGGGAUGACAUCCCCCUGGAGGACCAGGAGACGGAAGGGCAGAGGCAGCUCAAGAGCCUCCUGCACCAUCAGCUCGACACAUCUGUCUCCAUUGAGCAGUGUGUGUCCAAGCGCCGCUGCUUUGCGCCUGCAGCGCUCUACAAGCCCUUUGGAGAGGAAGCCGCUGGGACCUGCACCUUGCCUCAGUUCCAGGCGCUGCAAGAAAGCAACAAAGAGGCUGCCGCUCUUCGAGAGCUGGGCCUCUCAGACGCCGAGAUCCAAUUCUGGAAGACCCAUGCCUUGGCAGAUAAGAGUCCCGGCCUUGGAGCAGCCCCCGAGGCGAUACGAGAGAGGAUCGGGGCCAUCGAGGAGAAGAUGGCCGAGCGCCAGCGCAUCCUUUCGCUGCCCCAGCGCUUUGCGGGCAGCAAGCAGCUGAGCAGGCGAGAGAUGGAGAUUGAGAGCUCUCUCUUCCAGGGCACGGACCGCCACGCCUUCCUGAGGGUUCUGUACCACCAAGAUGAGGCUACGCAGGAGGACCCCUUGUCACACCUCAGCACAACUCUUGGCCGCCGGCCUGAGGGGCUUCCCUUGCCUCCCCAAAGUGACCCAGAUGUGCCGUGCCCCGUGCCUCCCAGCAGCCCCCCAGUGUCUCAGGGCGCAGAUCCCCGGCCAACCCCAGCACUCGUGAUGGUGACAGAGCCGGUGGAGUUUAUCCCAGAGGAGGAGAUCCGCAAAAACCGCCUCUCGGAGGAGGAGAUCCGCCAGAUUCCCCGGUUUUCCUCCUACAGCCCUGGAGAGCCAAACGAGGUGCUGUACUUGAAGAACCUCAGCCGCCGCGUAAACAUGAAGGAGCUGCUGUCUUUGUUUGCGAGGUUCCAGGAGGAGGGAGGCCCCCAAAUCCAAUUCCGCCUGCUGAGUGGGCGCAUGAGAGGACAAGCUUUCCUCACCUUUCCCAGUAUCUCAACGGCACAGGCAGCCCUGCAGCUGGCAAAUGGCUUCAUCCUGCUGGGGAAGCCCAUGGUUAUUGAGUACGGGAGGAAGAAGACACCUUGACUCUGAGCCUUCAUCCUGGAGUCUCCCCUGCGCUGCAGCAAAGUGGAAACAGCCAGAGCAGUUUCCCGUGGACGUGCGGGCAGCUGAAAAGUCCAAGCCAGAAAGAAUUGUCACUUGCUGCCAGGGACAGAGACCUGGGACUGUGUGACGGACAGCUGAGCUAGACCAGAGUGCCUCCGAAUUCCACCAGAGGCAGGGAACCUCUGUCUGUUUGGCUACCAAGACAGCUAGCCAGAGGGGGUGCAUGCAUGGAGCAUUUGGGGAAGGAGAAUAAAAGGAGCCAUUUCUAAGAGAGUGGGCAGAUAGUUUGAGGGAGAGAGUUGGUUCUGGUCUGCGUGUAGCAUCCACUGCGAGAAAAGUAUCUACAGCUAGAGAAAGGAGUCUCUGAGUUCAGACUGAAAGACGGUGGGAGAGUAUUCAGACAGAAGUUAACUGGGGGGCUGAGUUUGGGCCAGGAGAAGUAGGAGCUGUGAGGAUACAGUCUGCUUGGGUCUCAUUUCAGCUAGGAGGGGAGUUAUCUUCUAGGAAGAGAAGAAUCCCAAACCAGUUAAGAAGGGCGUGGCGAUUCCCUAGGUCUGUUAUACUGCUAGAAGUACCUCAGGAGUGGGAGUCAUAAAAGGUUGGGUAACGUGACAGAAAGUGCCACGUUGUUUAAGAACUAGAGAAUUCACCUAUGCAGCAACUAAGCUAAGGAACUGAAGUGAAAUUAUUGAAAAUAAAUAAAAUAAAAUAAAAUAAAA